AUGCCGCAAACUCCCGCCAAAAAGGGCCCUGAGCUCACUAUCCACUUGGAUCGUCCGGAUUCAACAUACAUCCCCGGAGAGGUGAUUACGGGUCAUAUAACUCGAAAGAGUCAUAUCGUCGCUUCGUCGGCAACCGUCACUAUCUCGUUGCACGCUCGAAGUAAAUCCCGAAUGGUGGCGCGGCGCGGGCAUCUGACAUCGACAUAUCGCGGACGUUUUGAUCUCGUGCAAUCAGCAGAGUACUCAAAAACUGUUUUCGAAGGCCCUAUACAUAUCGCUGAACACGAUGUAGAGCAGCGCUGGGUAUUCUCAAUCAGACUGCCUGAUCACAUAGAUGUGUCUGCACUACAGCUGUUGGCAGGGCCGGAUCAGACUUAUCUGACAGCGGAGUUAUCGGAACAGCCUCUUCCGCCGACAUUCUUGAUCGAGCGGUACGAAUACAUGUCUGGAAUGUCGGCGUUUGUUGAAUACUUCCUGCAAGCGGAGUUGAAGACAGCAUCGAGAGGCUCUGGCAGCGCUGAAGCAAUAUUACCCUUCAGGAUGCUGUAUACCAACCCUGAGCCAUUUCCAGCUCACAUAGAUCUUCAUACGACACGCCAGACCCUCGCUCUCCAAGGCGACAACCCUCUGGUGGCCAGCGUUGAGAUUCAAACACCGACAACACUGCAGAUUGAAGCUCCGGGUCCUAUGUCAUUCGUGGUCUUUGCAAAGAUCGGUCUUCCUUCACUUCAGAUAACCCGAAUUUUCAUGAACGUUGUCGCAAAGACCGAGAUCAAGUGCCCAAAGGGAAAGAAUAUUCAUGAGACAGACUGCGAAGCUCGGGUAACACUGCAUGCGGAGGAUGCCUUUAAUCAGUAUGACGGCGAUUUAUAUAUCCCAUGGCAAAGAUCAUCCAUGGAUACUCAGCAUUUGCAGGGAAGUGGCUUAGGAUCUGAGAUGAGACCCUUGGAGAGUCUCGAUAUCGGGGCGCAACUCAACCUUCGUCUGCAGCGAAGUAAAGACCUGUAUCCAUCCUUCCAAACAUUCAACAUUCGACACACGCACCGCAUUCAAUGGGAGAUGACAGUAGAGGCUGCCGGAAAAAGCUUUGAGCUUUCUGGUGAAGAACCAAUCAAGGUUCCCAGCAGGCCUGAGGCAGAGCGGAAUACGGAAUGGAUCCAGCCACCGCCAGAAGAUCACCCGCCGAGCUUUUCUGAUGACGAGGACGAGGACGGGGUCAGAUCAGGGUCUAGACGUAGCAGCCGCCAAACGGACCCAGCUGCCGGCGUGGGUGGCCUGUCACGGCUUUGGGUGUUCUGA